AUGUAUCAGCCACAAGAGCAGUUGUCUCCCAUAAAAUCAUUCCUCUGCAUCUUCAUCUCCGUAAUGAGCGCCAUCGUAGUUUCCCUCGGCAUCAUUAUGUUGAUCGUAUAUUUAGUUUUCAAGCCGCGCAACCCUGAGUUCCAAGUAAACUCAGCCCAACUCACCUUCCUCACUCUCACCGGAAACUACCUCACCGCCAAAUGGAACAUCGACAUCAUCAUUUCAAACCCUAACAAAAAACUCGACAUCUCAUAUAACCCCGUUUCUGCCAGUGUAUUCUACAGCAAAGAUAUAAACCAAUUCGGGCCUAUAUCCAACAUUCCUCUUAAACCUUUCUACCAACCGAAAAAGAGUAAAGCUGUUGUCCGAUUCGAAACUCAGGUUACCAAUUUGUUUGUCAGUAGCGGUGUUGCUAGCGGUAUUGUAAAUGGACAGUUUCAUCAUUCGUUGCAAUUUGGGGUAGAGUUUAGGGCUUUUGUAAUGCGUACAGGUUUGUUUCACCCGAAGAAUAGUUGGUUCAAGGUUACAUGUGCCCCGAUAAACUUUGUAGUUGGUUCCACAGCGGCUAUUUGGGAUUUAGAGCGUCCUGUAAAAUGUAAGAUAUGA